GGUCGCUUGAGCCGACGGCGGCGUUUCUCGGCCCACUCAAGUCCACCAAUAAAAGCAUCAAUACGACCUUCCGGCCGCCGCCGCCACCUUGUUAGAUCCUUUACAAUCGCAUUUUUCCUUGCCCAAACUGUACAUUAACCACUCCAAAAAUCCCAUUUCUUCUUUACAUCUCACACUGACCAUCGUAAUCAAAAUUCGCCGCGUGUGUGUGUGUUUCUGCGUAUAGUUUGACGCGCAUUAGUGGAUGAAUUUGGAGAAAAUAUAUAAUAAUGCAUGAGCCGGAAGCAGAAGCCGAGCCCUGGAGUUUUCUCAACAUCGAGAAUAUUUUCAGUAACAACUAUUAUGGAGACAGCUCUCAACAUGACGUGAAAAUCUGCCAUGAACAGUACAUAACAGAUACUAAUUACGCAUACAUUGACAACGAUGAGAUUAUUGCACGUUCUCUUCUUCAAGAAGAAUUGUCUCAGUUAUCGAUUGCAGAAGAAUCUCCUAAGCUAUCACAUUCGGGCGAGGAAUACUUGCAAAAUUCCAAUAUCGUCCCUAAUUGGCAUAAUUCUUCAAAUGACUAUUAUCUUGAGCAAGAGGGUGUUCAGAAUGAGAGUGAUGACGAGGCUAGUUUAUGCUCCAGCCCAGAGGACAGAUCGUGUGACGGAGAAAAUUACUAUUAUACCCUCGACAUAACAGAUGGUUCUGAACUUGAUGGAGAAGUUGAAAAGAGGUUGUAUCAAAUGAUUCCUGUUCCUCAUAUUCCAAGAAUUAAUGGAGACAUACCCUCGAUUGACGAAGCAACUUCUGACCAUCAGAGGCUGCUCGAUAGGUUACAGUUAUAUGACUUGAUAGAACACAAGGUUCAAGGAGAUGGAAAUUGUCAGUUUCGUGCUUUAUCUGACCAGUUUUAUCGGACCCCCGAACACCACAAAUUCGUGAGACAACAAGUUGUUCGUCAGCUGAAAGCUCAUCCAGAAAUAUACGAGGGGUAUGUUCCAAUGAAAUAUGCCGAUUAUCUCAAAAGGAUGUCCAAGAGUGAGGAGUGGGGUGAUCAUGUCACAUUGCAGGCAGCUGCCGACUCGCCGAUUUCCCAUGCCCGUUUUUCACUUUCGGCUUACGAUAUGGUUCUUAUCUGCAGUCAUAUAUUUGAGCUUUUGGGCCGAGGUGCACUACAACUCGAUCUAUCCCCAAGGAGAUCUUCUCCCGAGCGAUCUCAAGAGAAAGAAGAAGUGGUGGAACUUUCGAAACAAGCAAUAGAUGAAACCUCCAAGACCUAUCGAGUAAUCAUAUGCCCGUCUCACCCCGUCUAACUGUUCUUCGAAGUCGGAGUUUUUGAAGGGAGCUAUUAUUGGUCUCCACAUUGACCUCUUUAAGGCUUAUAUUAUCAAUUGUAUCAUUAUUAUAAUACUGGUUACAAUAAUAUUUAUUCAUUUAUUGUUAUCUUCUAAAAAUCUUGUCAUUGAAUAAAAUAACGUUGCUUCGAGGUUGUGGGGAUUAUGAAAAUUGCAUGUUAAAAAAAAAAUAUUGAAAUUGUGAUUAG